AUGAAUGAUAUCGAAUAUACAAAUCGGCAAAUUGAUAUUCCUCACAAUCCGUUAUCGACAAGUACAAGACCUCGACGAUCACACCGCAAACGAGUUAGUCCCAGUCUCGAACCUCCAUCCCUGACAACUAUAGUCGAUUCGAAGUCUCAAUCGACGGCUGUUGAUCAAGCAAUUAUGAUCAACAAUCAACUUUUGACACCAAAUAUUGUUGCUCAACAAAAACUCGGCCUGUCCGACAGUUUGAACAAUGCUAGUUCAGAUACUGAUGCAUCGUCGUCGAACUUCUCCUAUAAGAAGAAUCAUUCGACGUCCGAUCUCGAUCCGUUCGAACGCCGCAAACAAGCAGCCUUGCUUAAAGCGGAAGCUAAAUUAGAAAAAGCCAAACGUCUGCAUCAGAUUGCUCAACAAAAUGUUGAUCGAAUGGUAGAUGAACUUCUCCGUCAAACAACAAUUCCCGGAGGUUCACACGACUCGAAAACGUCAAAAGAUUCAUUUGAUAAAUGUGUCAGUAAAUUAGAAGACACAAAAAAGCAAUUGGCAAAGAAAAUCUCAGACUAUCAAAGCGACAUCGCUCGUAUCCGUGCUGGUGAUAUACCUAAACGUUAUGUGCCAAACGAUAUUCUAAGUUCUCUGAAGAGCAAAGUCUCCAACGAUAGUAUCGAACAUCAUUCAACAAAUGAGACAUCAACACCGAUCGCCAACGAACACUCCAGUUCAACACAGCAUUUAGACACUGAUAAUCAGACAUUGCUUCCAUUGUCAUCGAUAAGUCAGAAUACACCAACUGCGAACAAUCUCACCAACCAAAAUCAGAAUUUAUUAUCGUUGAGUCAAAAUAGUAACACACUGGAACCAUUUCGAUCCUCUCCAUCAAGUUCCAUAUCCAAUGAAAUUGGAAAUUCACAAUUCUAUAUCGAUUUCAACCCUGAGGGCCACGACACAGAUAAAUCACCUUUCACCAGACGACGUUACACUGAUAAUUCAAAUGCUGAAUCGAAUGAUCGAAUCUCCGAUCAUUCCAGUGACGAACGCUUUAUCAGCCAAAAUUCAUCCAAACGAAAUACUAUGUCCACAAUUGAAUGUCAUCAGCUGAUAUUGAAGAUUGAUUUGAUGCAGAAGACAGUCGAUCGUUAUGAGAAUCGAAUGACGGAAUUGCAAAAGCAAAUAGAUUCACUGAUUGAUUUGAACGAAAACCAACGUCGACAGAACGAACACUUAAGUAACGAACUCACAGACUUAACAGCUCUACAUCAACAUGAAAUGCCUACUGUGAAAAGCGAUUUGAAGAAAUUAGAGGAGAAACUUCUAUACAAUUUCAAUGAAUACUGGUCGGAAAUGGUCGAGAAAUUAGAUAAACUUGAAACACGAACGACGAAAGUUGAACAAACUCAGGCACAUUCGCUUGAAACCGAAGAAAACACCCAUCGAUUGAUUAGUAAAUUUGUCAACAUUCUCCUGACAGUUUUUGCCAUUAUUCUUCUUUUAUUAUCCACAAUUAAAAAUCUUGUCCAAUCACGUGUACAUGCAGUCAUUCUAUUUAUCCUCGUUUCUAUCUGGAUCACAUGCCAUUAUCUACCUGAGAAUUAUUUCCAACGGUCCUACUUUCGAGAAUUACCCAAUAUCUUCAAACGAACGUCAUAA